CAGGGUAACUGCGCUGGAGACUUCUCCACCAUUACUCGGGGAAGCACGCGCAGUACACCCACACAGUAGAUGAGGCCGAUAUCGCUCAUCGUGGCAGCGACGCCGUCCCGCGGCAUCGGGAAGAAUGGCUCGCUGCCGUGGCACCUGCCGCCUGACCUGGCCUACUUCAAGCGACUGACGACCACCACCAGCACCACCACCAGCACUAGCAGCAGCAGCAGCAGCACUGGCAGCACCAAGGGUGUUGAGGUGGGUCAGAAUGCGGUGGUGAUGGGUAGGAACACGUGGAUGUCGCUGCCGCAACGCGUGAGGCCGCUGCCGGGCAGACUCAACGUGGUCGUCUCAUCCACACUGUCAGCCAAACACAUGGAUAGAUGGAUGGAUGGAUAGAUCUGCUGCAUUCAUUGCUUGCACAUUGAUGGCUGUCUGUCUGUCUGUGUCGGUUUGGGUUCAGGCAAGCUGGCAAUUCGUCCUUGCCUGCUGGUGUGGAGGUCGUGAGCUCGUUGGAUGCUGCUCUCGACCUCAUCGAGAGCGCAUACACGACCAAAGUCGACCAGGUCUUCGUCAUUGGUAGGAACGAACAAACUCGCAUACGUACCGACGAACGAAACACUCAAACCGGACCGCUCACAUCGUCUUCUCCCCUCUCCUCUCAGGCGGUGCCGCUCUCUAUGCGUCGGCCCUCGACAGCUCCCGUGUGGGCACCAUCUACCUCACACGCAUCGGCAGGGAAUUCGAGUGCGACACACACAUGCCCGAGAUCGACACCAAGCGGUUCAGGCUUGUCUCACUCUCGCGGACACACGCAUACCAGGACAUCCCCUUCGACCACCUCGUGUAUGAGGCCGUCAAAGAUGGCGAUGGUGACCGCACCAACGGCUACAGCUGCAAUGGGGAUGCUGAUGCUGACGCUGGUGCUGCGACGAACGGCGUGGUGGGCGAGGGUGCGUCGUCGCGCGGUCCCAAGCCGGCGUCGAAUGGGGGUGAGGGUAUGGGCCAUGAGGAGUAUCAGUACCUGAGGCUGAUCAACGACAUUAUCCGGCACGGGAUACCUCAGAGCGACCGGACAGGUAAGUAAUGUGUGGGUGGGAAGGGGCUGGUGUGUCAUUCAUGUCCACUCUCUCUUUCGUCCGUCGAUGCGCACGUGGUGUGUAUGGUAUGCAGGUGUGGGCACGUUGGCCAAGUUUGGGUGUCAGAUGCGGUUCAGUCUGCGGGAGGCCUUCCCGCUACUCACCACCAAACGGGUCUUCUGGAAGGGGUGAGCAAGCCGAGCCAAGCCAAGCCAAAGAUGACUGACACCAAUGGCCUGUGUGUUGUGUGCCAGUGUGGUUGAGGAGCUGCUGUGGUUCGUACGCGGCGACACCAACGGCAACCGUCUGGCAGACAAGGGCGUCAAGGUAAGGAAGGUACUCACUCGUCCACUCACCAUGGCUAACUGCAUUGUUGUGUGUGUCAUGAACUGUCAGAUAUGGCAGGCCAAUGGCUCUCGCGGCUUCCUCGACUCGCGGGGGCUCAACAGCCAUGAAGAGCACGACCUCGGUGAGGGGAACAGAAGCGCACCAGCAUGGUUGUUGCCUUCAUCCUCGUGCCGUGCAAUGAUCCGCUGAUCCGUGUUGGCAGGUCCGAUAUACGGCUUCCAGUGGCGUCAUUUCGGUGCUGACUACAAGGACAUGCACACUGACUACACGUCCGUACGUCGACACACACACACGCGCACUGGUGGAUGGAUGGCCGUGACACUUGACGCAUGAUGAGUGCACACACACACGCUCAUCGCUAUCUGCCUCUCUCUCUCUCUCUCUGUGUGUGUGUGUGUGUGUUUGUGUAUGAUGGUGCAUUCAUUCCUUACUGAAGGGGUGAGGGCGUGGACCAGUUGGCAGAGGUGGUUCGCCAGAUCAAGGCCGACCCGACGGACAGGAGGAUCAUUCUCACUGCAUGGAACCCUGCUGGUAGGGCGCGGCGGGCCGCACACAAUCAUGAUUCGCAACCUACAGCCCCGCCCUCUCUCUCUCCCUCCCUCCCUCCCUCGCUCGGUGUGUGUCAGCGUUGAGCCGGAUGGCGCUUCCCCCCUGCCACAUGAUGGCUCAGUUCCUAGUCGACACAUCGACGUCGCCACACGAGCUGACGUGCAUCAUGUUCCAGCGAUCGGCCGACAUGGGACUCGGUGAGAGAGAGAUGAACUGGACCCACCCCCACGCACAACAACAAUUUCUCUGUGUCGGUGUCUGUCUGUCUGUCUGUCGGACAGGUGUGCCGUUCAACAUAGCGAGCUAUGCGCUGCUCACACGGAUGAUGGCUCAGGUGAGUGUGUGGAAGAAGACAAACCCAUUGGCCGUCAUGGGCAUGUGUGGCGUCUUUUCGUUUGGUCAGGUGUGUGGGAUAGCUGCGGGGGAGUUGGUUCACGUGUUGGGCAAUGCCCACGUCUACAGCAGCCACAUAGGCCCACUACAGGAGCAGCUGGCGAGGGUCCCGCGGCCGUUCCCCAUCCUCAAAGUCAACCCGGCCGUCAAGGAAAGCCGUCUAUAUAUCUCUUGUCCCCACGCCCUCACUGACUAACCGCAUGUGCUCACACAAAUAUGUGACAUUGUGUUUGGUUCUUUCUGGUUCUCUCUGUCACUCAGACGAUAGACGACUUUGUGUCAGGCGAUUUCGAGCUGAUAGGGUACCACCCGCACGAAAAGAUCGCCAUGCAGCUGGCCGUAUAGUAGUGUGGCAAUCAGGAGCAAGCAAUGGAUUCAAAGACCAGAUCGGGGGAUCAAGAGCAGAGCAAGUACA